GUGAAAAGUGCACACUGUCGCCACACACAGAGCCAUCUCAGUAUAAAGUCCUAGUUACAGCAGUAGAAAAGUAAAGAAAUAAGCCAACUCUAUUGUGGCUUCCCUCUGGUCUGUCUUCAUGGAUUCAGUUACACGCCACAAAGUGACUUCUUCACUCCAACAAGCGGGAGGAAUGAGGAGCCUGAAAAACCAAAGAGUCACUACACUUACCCUGCAGCCACCCAACAUGAGCAAGUUAAUAAAUGUUGAACCUCGAGUGGCUGGAGCAUUUAAAGAAAGACAGAUAAAACCCACGGCAUUUCGAAAGUUUUACAAACGGGGUGACUUCCCUGUUGCUAUGGAACAUGACGCUAAAGGAAACCGAAUAGCCUGGAAGGUGGAAAUUGAGAAAUUGGAUUACCAUCACUAUCUGCCUCUUUUCUUUGAUGGCCUUUGUGAGACAACUCACCCAUAUGAGCUUUUUGCCAGACAAGGAGUCCACGAUCUGUUGGAGCAUGGCACAUCAAAAGUCCUUCCUGUCAUCCCUCAACUUAUCAUCCCCAUAAAAAAUGCACUGAACACUCGGAACAAGCAAGUUAUAUGUACCACGCUGAAAAUCCUGCAGCACCUUGUUGUGUCUGGAGAUAUGGUGGGUGAGGCUCUGGUCCCUUACUAUCGACAGAUAUUACCUAUCCUGAAUAUAUUUAAGAAUAUGAACGUAAAUUCUGGAGAUGGUAUCGACUACAGUCAGCAGAAACGAGAAAAUAUUGGGGAUCUCAUAAAUGAAACUCUAGAGGUAUUCGAGCGCUUUGGAGGGGAAGAUGCAUUCAUCAACAUAAAAUACAUGAUCCCCACAUAUGAGUCGUGCGUACUUAACUAGACAGCAACAAAAUGUCAAGAAAAGAACACACGAUGAAGAUUUGAAAUGAUUCAUGGAGAAUUCACACUGUUAUACUUCCAAAUAAUCAUAUUUCUGUGAAUUAGAAUAUUAUUUGAAACAACAUCAUUCAUGGUAAAAACAAUUUAGAAAAAACAUAAGGAUUGGUUUAACACUGCAUUUCCGUUUAACAUCAGUUUGAUUUUAUAUAUUGCCUUUAAAUACACAAACCCUCAUAUUAUCUUGACAAUAAAUGACUUUUAUUAAAUAUCUCAUAUAACUUAAGUAAGAAGUUAUGAAUAACAUAACCCUGUGUACAAGGAAUGCCACAAAUGUUGAACUGUU